GACACUGAGAAAGGAUUUUCCCCAGGAAAACUUUUAAGAAGUGCAGCUGCAUCCUCCGAGUACAACUUCAAGGACAAGCUAUGAAGCAGACGAUGCAUAUGUGGUGCUCUGUGAUCCUGCUGCUACCAUUCAUACAGUCGGCACCUCCGGUGCGGCAAGAAGAAGUUUAUGACUAUGAUGCUGAUGAAAUAUUUGAAGGAAUGCUGUUUAAGCAACACUUCGAACAACGCAAGGCAGCAGAUGAGCCAAAUGGACUUCUAGUUUCAAAAGGAAGGUUUAGGAGGGAACCUGAUGGAAAUGUCACAGAUGCCACAGAAGCCAAAGAUUUGCCUACAUGCCUGGCAUGUGUAUGUCUCAGUGGAUCAGUAUACUGUGAAGAAACAGAUAUAGAGGAAGUACCACCCUUGCCUAAAGAGACGGCAUACCUGUAUGCUCGAUUCAACAAAAUUAAGAAAAUUACAGUAAAAGACUUUUCUGACUUCCCCACCUUAAAAAGGAUUGACCUGACCGGAAAUGAAAUAGAAGAGAUAGAAGACAAAGCGUUUGACAAGCUGCUUAACCUCGAGCAGCUUUCCCUUGCAGAAAACAAAUUGACCAGGAUUCCGGCUUUACCAACAAAACUGACCUCGUUUAAUGCCAACCAUAACAUGAUAAAAAGCAAAGCCAUCAAAGCCAAUGCUUUCAAGAAACUGACCAAUUUAGCAUACCUAUACCUGGCUAACAAUCAACUAGAAAGUGUCCCAGCAAAUCUACCAGAAAGCCUACGUGUUAUUCAUCUACAGUUUAACAAUAUAGAUGCCAUCACAGACGAUACAUUUUGCAAAGCAAAUGACACCCGUUAUCUACGGCCCAGACUGGAUGAGGUCAGAAUGGAAGGAAACCCAGUAAUCCUUGGAAAAUAUCCUAACAGCUUCACCUGCCUGAGAAUUUUACCUUAUGGAUCAUAUUUUAAAUAAUGAGGCUGUGUUCAAGCCCAUUGACAAAAUAUGAAAUACUCGCCCUAUUUCCAGUCAUCAGAAAUUAUCAGGUCUAGGAAUUUUAAGCAGCAAAUAUUUUUACAGUUACAAUAGUUUAGAUAGAGUCUAUUUAACAGUAUAGUGGGGAUAACACAGUAGUGUAUAGCUACCUCUCUGCCAUGGUCACUUACUAAGAGCUAGAGACACACACUUCAACACAGCAUACCUUUACUGGAAAGAAGUCUGACAAGUCUGACCAUUAAGUCACAGUAUGGAAGCAAUCACUAAAGCUUUUGGCAUUAGCAUAGUAAAUGAAGACACUGGGGGGAGGGGGGUUGGGUUAUUUACUUGGCAUAGAUUUUCUUAAACUUAAGCCUGUGAAUACUUAAAAUGUAAUAAAUAUGGUGCUCACGGGAGGCCACACCAAACUUGGCAAGCUCAACACAAGGUGUCAAAAAUUUUUGGGCAAAUUUUUCAACAAAAAUUUUCGGACUUAAAAAUAAAAGUAGGCUGCGGCGCAGAAAUGAUAAAUCCCCCUAUCUUUUUAAAGUAAAAAAUGUAAAGGCAAUCACUAAUGUCAAUAGGUCUCUCUUUCAUAAACCUUGACCAUUAACCGGUUCAAAUGCACAUUUUAUUUUCACCAAAUGUAUUCAAUCAAAUUGACUUUGUUUAAAGGAGAACUGCAGCGUUAAUUUUUUCAAGUUCUACUGUGCUCGGGCCUCAAAAACAGCAGCAGGGAGAAGACGGCCCGGGCUCCUUACAUGACAGUGCACUCAGCCUAUCACUGGCCGAGGCGGGACAUCAAUUCGGCUGGCGAUACGCUGCCAGCACCGUGACGUUUCGAGCCUAAGAAGCCAGAGGCCAGCAGCAGCGGAGGAACGGGACGCAGAUAUCUCCGCAACGGGGAAAUCUAGGAAGGAGAGUUAAAGCGUACCCGUCAGAUUCAACAAAAAAUUUUUUUUUUUUUAUAUAUCAAUCACUCAGUACCUAAUCCUGACGUUGUACAUGUAAUUUUUAUGCGUCUAGCACCUUUAUUUAAUUUUUUAUUACACUUUUAAUUUAGCUCACUAGUCUGAAUUCCUCUCAAAGGGAGGGGGUGUGGCCUCACUGUGCAGGUCUCCGCCCCCUCCCUCAGUAUGCGGUCUGCUCCCAUCUCCCCUAGCAUUAGCAAAACUACAACUCCCAGCUUGUCCUCACUGACAGUAGCGGGACACAAGCUGACAGUGGGAGGUAUUUUCCUCCAGCUGUGAGCCCUGCGCUCACAGCUGUCAAUCAACGAAGUGUGUCCAUGACAUAGGUGAUUAAGCAUGGACACAACAGGACUAGUAUGUGCCCAAGCAGGCAGGGGGGCAGUUGUUUGACUGGCUUUUUCAGUAUGAAAUACUGAAAAUGUUCUAAUGAAAGCAAUUGCAAAACCUAUUGGUUUAGCAUGCUUUAAAACAUAUCAAAAGUUUUUGUAUCUAACAGUGCCCAUUUAAAGUUUGUUUUUUAUGUUUUUUGAAGCCAUGGGGGACUUAAAAAUUUACACCGCAGUUCUCCUCUAACCCACAGUCUAAGCUUAAUAUAUGCCUCAUUUUUUGGAAUCAAUAGAUCUCAGAAAAUACAUGCAGUCUUGCAAGUGAGCAUGAUUCCAGAAACUCCAACAGAACACACUUUAUAAUAAGAAAUUGGCAAUAAAAUAAAGCUCUAUAAAUGCAAUGACUGAUGCAUCAUGCAGUUUUCUUAAGGCGUAUUCCCAACAUGAAAUUAAGCUAUCAGCCAUACACAGGAUAGGGAAAAACAAAUUGAUUAUUGGAGAGUCUGCCUAUUGGGACCUACAUCGACUCUCACGAAUGAAUGUAACACUGGACUCGACAACGUUCAGAAGCCCUAUAGUUAAUGAAUUGAGCACUGGCCAUGCACACGCGCUACAUCUCAUUCAUUCGGGAGACAACUUUCCUCUGUUUUCAGGAUUGGUGUGAGGCCUUAGAAAUGGUAUCCCCACCAAUUGUCCCCAAUGCUGUGGAUAGGAAAUAACUUUUUAUGUUGGGUAUACUGCCUUGAGAAAGCUCUGCCACUGCAUUUAAAUUCUAUGGCGGUGCAUCUCAAUCUGUGAGGCAGGCACCUCCUUGUUGUUGGUAAGGCACAGCCAGGGAGGCAGUUUUCACAAAAAAAAGUGACCAUAAGAUCUCUGGUUUGACAAAGUUAUUGACUCAUUUGGUACAUAUUUGUUAUACAGAGUUUAAAAGGAAAAUGAGAGAUAGACGAAGCUAUAUUUGUAAUUUUUGCAUAGAUUUCCACCACUUAUGGUGAAGCCCAGGCAUCGCUUUGUUCUUUCUUGCACGGACCAGGCAUGACUUUGGUCUGUUGGCUGAUACUUAGUAGAAGCCCUGGUCAAUUGCUGGUCUCCACUGUUUAUACAGUGCCCAAAUUGACAGCAAUCUAGCAUUAGACACAAAUAAAGCUUGGUUCACAUAUAUGAGAUCGAUAUAUGAUGGAAGCCAAUGGUGUGUUGUUUGUGGCUUCAACAUUUAAUUCUGCAAAAUGUAUUUAUAUAGCCUGUAUUCAUGCUUACAACUUAACGUACAUUUCAUAGACCCUUUGGAUGUAUUAUGCAGUAGUGUACGUACAUUUACAAUCUGUAAAUCACACUGGUAAUUAGGCACUAAGAUAUUGGGGAACGUACAGUAUUAAACAGAAGUAAACCUGAUAUCUAGAAUUAUCUUACACCCGAUGUCCUUACUGUAGCUUGUUACAUCCCAUAGAACAAUAGGAGUAGUGACGGCUUUACAUACUUGGUGUUAAUGUGAUGUCAAACUAUUUUAAUAGCAAAUUACCACUAAGAAAACAAGAGUCUUUAGUUAUAAAGUCCAACCACUAUCACAGGCUGCGCUCUGCAGAUAAAGCUUGCAUUUCACUGUGCAGCAAUCUCUGAAACCUCUAUUAAUGAAGUUUUAUUUUAAUUUUAUUUUUUGUACCAAUUUCACGUCUUUUGCAUGUUGGAGAGUUGUUUAAAACAAGAAAAUAUAUUACAUAGUAAGAAACUUGGUUGAGCCAAGCCUUAACAAAAAUAUGCCUCUGUGUGUACUUAAUAAAAUGUAUUUACAUAGUGAUGGUAACAUACAAGUAAUAAAGUUAUUUUAGUGUC